AUGCUACGAGUUACGCGGAGCAAGGCAGUUCUUGACGGCCGAGGAGAGGCUGCCAUUGGAACGUCCGGGGCGAGCUAUCGCGGUCCGGGAACACUUCACGGCGAGAAGUACGGCAGCUUCCGGGUCAGGUCGGUCAACUACCUCUGGGACUUGCAGCGGCGCGAGGAAAGAUACCAAACCAGCUACCUGCGGGAUUUGAGGGUUGCCUCGGGAUGCACACGAGCACUGACGAGCCGGUCGGCGCCUUUAUCGCCUCCGUCGCCCCCAACGGUGGACCUCGAGCACACAAAGAGCCCCUAUCCCGGCUACAGGGCCGCAUACAACGUCCUGGACUACUCGGUUGCUGUCGUCUGCGCUGGCAGGCCAGAUGGUGCCCAGGAUCUCCGUGUCGAGACUUCGAACCUUGGGGCGACGUGGGCGCCACGAGCCAGGAGCAAGAUGACCCCGCGCUGUUCCAUGAGAGUUUGA